AUGUCUCGUUAUACAAGGCUGUUCUUCCUUGCAGCCGCCGUCGUCGUCAUUGUUACAAUGAUUGUUACCAUCGCCGUCUUCGAGUUGAGGAUCUACCGCUCUCAGACUCGACUACUUCACCAUAACACGCAAGAGUGGCUGAUCCAUGCUCAAGCGCAAGAUCAGGCGCUCCUCAAGCUACAUGGUGCGAAUGAAACUGAGCGCAAGCAAACUCCGACAACAGUAGCGGGCAGGAAUCAGGUAGGUACAGCUAGGCCUCGCGUUGAUCAGGCUGAGUUGCACGCUCGAUUUGCCGUGCCUGACAGCCUUUGGCCACCAUCGAAAGCUGUGAUCAACAACGCCAGCCUUGACUUGAAGCUGAGAAUAUCUGCCACCAAGCGCAUGUACAUCACGUAUGGGCAGAACUGUUGCGUGAGCGCCAAGCAUCGAGCUUGCAGGCACGCAAAGAGAGAAGGGAAGUUUGAUGCCUGCAAAGCGUUUUCGCAGAGUGACAUCGACCAGAGCUUCCAGCGAAGAAACCAAGAGAUCUUCAAUGUUGGCAGAGGAGCUGGGCUAUGGCUCUGGAAGCCGUAUAUCAUCAACAAGACUCUGCACGAGGAUCUCAACGAGGGGGAGUACCUUGUGUACGUCGACGCCGGCGCCGUCAUCAAAUCGCCGAUCGAUCCCAUGCUUGCUUUCAUGGAGGUUCAAGACAGCAAACUACAGGGCGUCUUGACAUUUGGAGUUGGAUAUCCACAGUCUAUGUUCUGCAAACGAGACACUUUCAUCAUUCAGAACUGCGAUACCUCGGAAUGCCACGAGGCCAUGCAGGUAGACGGCUACCUGAGCGUGUGGCGGAAGAGCCAACAUGCGCUCGAGGUCGUGCAACAAUGGCUGAGGGAGUGUCAAGACCUUCAGAGUCUGUCGGAUGAUGAAAACGUCAAGGGUGAACCCAACCUUCCAGGGUAUCGGGACCAUCGGCACGAUCAAGCGAUCCUCACCAACAUCUUCACGCGCGAGAAAUGGGGGAGGGAAACCCAGCACGGGCCCGUCCAGUUCAUGUUCUCUCAUGACCGAGACAAGUCUUGAGGCUCCGGGCGUGCACUCGGACGGGAGUAUGGGCCCCCGCCAUACGCCGUCACCCGGGGUCUACGCCGGUACUGUGGCCGCCGCG